AUGGUUUUAAAGGCGGUGGUGUUGAUGGUGAAGGUGGCGGUAGCAGUGAAUGCCACGAGGGGCGCGUCUACCCCGGCCUCUGCCCCAGCGACCCCCCGUCAGGAGAAGACCGCCGAGCUGCGACCUCCCAUGGGCGUGGGGUUGGGCGGGAUGCUGACCCCAACGGCUAAGAGACCCAUGCACCACGAGGAACCCCUGGAGACACGCCCACCCAUGCCCGCUAGCCCCACCCACCACCAGCCGCUCACGCCCAGCCUCCCGAGCAUCAAGAUCUCCUCUAGGGGCAACGGCAGGAGUCAAGACCAGAGCAUCGUGGUGAGCAUGGAAAUCAACGGCAUUCUGUACCAGGGCGUCCUCUUCCCCCAGGCACCCAGGACGCGACUUAGCUAAUCCUUUCCCCAAUCAGCGCAGGAUUGGGUUGGAUUGUUGUUCGGCAGGAGAGAGAAUCCUGAAGGCCCGAGGAGUGAACAGAAGCCCGCAGGAGUUCCCAGGACGUCGAAGGCCCCUUGUAAUGACCCGCCCCUGCCUGCUGUUCGUCCUCCUGUACCCUGAUGAGCGUUCGACUUGCGGUUGUGCGUCGAUUCCCACGAUAACUUUGCCCUAAGUGGUGGACGAUUGAUGUUUUCUAGUGUUAGACGAUGUGUUAGAAGAGAGAUGUUAGUCUUGCCAUGGAACUCAGAACUAAAGGAAUAGCAAAUUAUGAGUGUAAUCCGCUUUGGAGACCAAAAAAAAAGGCCAUUUUUACUUUUUUGCAAAGCCAUGUUUGUUUGUUUUUCGUUCAAUUGAUACUUUAGAAUAUGAGAUUGUUCAGCUUAUUUUAAUUGUUUUGUGCCAAAUUCAACAGACAUUCUAAAAGCACCGAUUGGGUAUCUAUAAAAUUCCACUAUGAACCUCCCUGUUAUAGAGACUUAAAAGCGGGUGACCCAAGUUCGAAACCCGAACCCCGAAUCUUCUGAACCUUUCCUCUACGGUAAGGUCAAAAGAAAACAACUUGUAUAUAGUGUAUUAUAGUCUUAUCAGCUGGUGGGGUCAGCUUCUUCUUAGACCCCCCCACCCACCCCACCCCCUCUCCUCUCCCCCCAACUUGAGAAAAAUGUAUGUUGAAGAAUGUUUAGUGUGUCAGGUGCAAAUGAUAUUCGCUUAUUAACAACUUACCCUUUCAGUGGUAUCCGAACCUUUUCUAUAGACUCCCCGAUUGUGUAGAUAGCUGCGUAGUUCGUUCUUCAUUUGUUUAAAAUCUGUGAGUCGGUAGGUGUUGUCUGCCGGGCCCGCUAGAGGGUCUCACAGUUUCUUUUUAUAUACACUAAGUUGAUCUCAUG